CACAUGGUUCGAGAGAGUCUCCAUGAUGGUAAUCCUUUUGAACUGCGUCACCUUGGGAAUGUACCAACCAUGUACUGAUGGCAUCAUCGAAGAGGGCCAAGAGGCUGGAGACUGCAAAUCCAAUAGAUGUCUUAUCUUACAGAGGUUCGAUGAGUUCAUUUUUGCGUUCUUCUCCCUCGAGAUGACGAUCAAAAUGAUAGCCAUGGGCGUGUGGGGUCGAGGGGCGUAUCUGGCGGAUUCGUGGAACAGGCUGGACCUGUUUAUCGUCUUGGCCGGGGCUGUCGAGUAUGGGCUGCCGAAUUUCAACAACAUCAAUUUGUCGCCAGUCAGAACGAUCAGAGUGCUAAGACCGUUGAGGGCCAUCAACAGAAUACCAAGUAUGCGUAUUCUGGUAAUGUUACUUCUGGACACGCUGCCUAUGCUGGGCAACGUCCUGCUUCUUUGCUUUUUCGUAUUUUUUAUUUUUGGAAUUGUCGGUGUUCAAUUGUGGCAAGGAAUUCUACGUCAAAGAUGUCAGCUUAUUCUUCCAAACCUACCACCCAGCAUACCACAUCCGGCUUUGGACAACUACUACAAACCUGCAGAUACCGACUAUAUCUGCAGCAAGGCUGAACAUUCGGGGAUGCACACGUGUCAAGACUUGCCGCCUUACAGGAUAGGCAACGUGCAGUGCAACCUGACGGUGGAGGAGAAGUUGAGGCCGGAGUUCGCGAGCAACGAUACCGCUUGUAUCAAUUGGAACAUAUAUUAUUCUUUGUGCAACGAUGGCAAUAAGAAUCCCUUUCAGAAUACUAUAUCGUUCGAUAACAUUGGAAUGGCAUGGGUGUCUAUAUUUUUGGUAAUAUCUUUGGAAGGCUGGACGGAAAUAAUGUAUUAUGUCCAAGACGCCCACAGUUUCUGGGAUUGGAUUUACUUUGUCCUGCUCAUUGUGAUUGGGUCCUUUUUCAUGAUCAACUUGUGUCUGGUCGUCAUAGCGACGCAGUUCAGCGAAACGAAGAAGCGCGAGAUGGAACGAAUGCGCCUCGAACGCGCUCGAUUCCAGUCGAGUUCCACGUUGGCCUCGUCCACGAACAACAGCGAGCCUACAAGCUGCUACGCGGAGAUCGUCAAGUACAUAGCGCAUCUGUGGAGGAGAAACAAACGGAAAAUGCUGAAGAAAAUCAGGUUAUAUAGGGUGAGGAGGGACCAGAGAAGGGAUAAGAAAAUGGCGUCAGGAGGGGAGACUAUAAGGCUGAACAUUCCGAAGAGACACCAUCUGAAUUGUCCAAGGAUUAGGCAAAAUCAAACUUCCAGCGCUCCAAGCACCCGCGACAUAUCUCGCACAAGUUCGUUCUGCAUAAGCGAGUUCGCUCAACGCGCCAAAACCGACGAAGACGUCGAGCUGUCUUCGAUCUCGAAACGUCCCAGCCUGCUGCGCGUCCCCUCGCAAAGCAAUCAGGACGUUUCCAGCAACAAUAACGACAGCCCGACGAACCUCCUAUCACCACCGUUAAUACCAAACAACCGCCGUAGAAGCUCGGUUAUGUUUAGCGGAGUGGUUGUUUUACAUGGGGAAAACAACACCCCGCCCAGUUCAUCGCAAAACAUAGACAAAAAGAACGUAUGCUCCAGCGAAAAAACCACCCAGGCAGGCGACGGGAACAUUUGGCAAAUAUCCCAGACACCCAAUAAGGAACAAAUAUUACAAGCGCAGCAGCAGAUCGCACAAGACUGCAACGAUUUGCUUAAUGGCGAAGCUCUCACUUGUCAGGAAUUGUUGGCGUUGGGGGCCAUCAAUGCCACAUUGCCCACGGGGCAAAUAGUACUGGAUACAUUCUUUAAUUCGUUGUCCAAAGGAAUAAACCAUAGACGAAAUGAAGAAGAAAUGUACGUACAGCAGAUAUCAGAUGACGAUUUCUCGUGCUGUCAAGAUAUGUGGCAUAUGGACACUGAAUACAAAACCGAAAAAAGGUCGAAACUCUACGUCAUCACGUGCACAAUCUUCAAACGCACCCUCAACGUCUUCAAGUUGUUCAGAAAAUACAUCCAGCUGCUAGUUGAACACAAAUACUUUCAACAGGGAAUACUUCUGGCCAUUUUAAUCAACACCCUGUCCAUGGGGAUCGAACACCACAACCAACCGAUCUGGUUGACGCACAGUGUCGAAGUUACCAACAUUAUUUUUUCUGUGAUUUUUGCCAUCGAGAUGGUUUUGAAAGUUGUAGCCGAAGGCCCGUUUGGUUACAUCAGCAAUGGGUUCAAUGUUUUCGACGGAAUCAUAGUUAUUUUAAGUGGAAUUGAAAUUUUCCAAAAAUACUCCACAGGAGACGAAAUGCACAACGAUUCUGGUCUUUCAGUACUCCGAACAUUUCGCCUUUUAAGAAUCCUAAAGCUUGUCAGAUUUUUGCCAAAUUUGCGGAGACAAUUGUUCGUCAUGCUUCGAACAAUGGACAACGUCGCCGUGUUUUUCUCGCUACUCAUUUUGUUUAUUUUCAUAUUUAGCAUCCUGGGCAUGUACCUGUUUGGCGGUAAGUUUUGCACCUACCGUGACGAAAAAGGAAACGUGCGCGACUGCGGCUGUAAAUACUUGACAGACGAUAACUGUCAAUGUGACAGAAAACACUUCAACAACAUCCUAUGGGCCACCGUCACCGUGUUUCAAAUUCUUACACAAGAGGAUUGGAACAUGGUACUGUCGAAUGGUAUGGCGAAGACCAGUCACUGGGCAGCCUUAUAUUUCGUAGCCUUAAUGACAUUUGGAAACUACGUUCUGUUUAAUUUGUUGGUCGCCAUCUUGGUUGAGGGUUUUAGCUCCGAGAGGAAUGAAAGACGCGAAAGGGAACAAAGGGAAAUGGCUAGAAGGAAAAUGUCCUGCAUUUUGGAAGCUAGUAUGAAGAGUAGUACCGAUAGUAGCAGGUCUAUAUCCAGUUCUAGUGGGAGCUAUAUACAGGAUACCAAAAACCAUUGGCGUUCGGCUGAAGAGCUCCGCAAAAGCAAAGAUUUGAACGGACAGAAAACGUUGGCAAUCUCAAAUUGCGACUGUCAAACUCGCAAUCCAAGCGAGUGCUUUUACGUGUCCGAACCAAAAUGCAACAUACAAAAAGAAUUGUCGAAACAACCCACAAGACAGCCAUCUCCUCCGGUUAUCACACAUACAGCUGCCACACCUCAGGAUUCACCCAGUACCACCUUAGAUGAUUUUCCGGAAUUUAAAUACAAUAUAACUCCGGUCCAUACGGAUUGUACUUCGAUAAGUGAGAGCGGGGCUCAUUCCAGUACGGAAUCCACACUAAAAACAUCGAGCUUGAGCCUUUUAAAACCCCCUAGCUUAUCGCCCCCUCCCUUGACUUUCCGUCAAUUCGAAAGGCCUCUAGACGACCCACCUUCCGCCUUAAGUGGAAAAAUCGUAAUACACAAUGAAAAAGUUGGGUUAAAAACUAUGUCGUUCUCCGAAAAAGUUUCGAUGCCAAUUAACAAAAGUAACGCCGAUAAAACGAAAAUACAAAGGAAAUGUUCGUGGAAACUCUCGAAUCGUCCCAGUUUGAGACGGAAAAAACGCAGGAGCGGGUCCGAUUCCGAGGCAGUGCCUUUGAAUAACGGCAGAGAUCAUAGUCAGUGUAAUGGAGGAGAUAUUACAAGACAUGCUAGUUUAAGGAACACGUCGCUGUUACAAUCAUCCAUUCGUAUACAGAACGACACCCAAAAAGACGUCCCUAACAAUAAGAGCGCUAAAGGCCUAAGUCCGCAAAACUCCAUACGCUGUAGAUCCAACACUUGCAGCUCGGUUGGCUCACAAGGCCAACCUACUGCCCCCACCUUAACAAGACACAAUUCCCUCACCAAAUCAUCAUUAAUACAAUCAAAAAUCAACGCUCAAUUAAGUAAAGGCUCAAGUCCAACACUAUCAAGAAAAAACAGUCUAAUAGAACUAAAAACUAUCAACAGUUUAAAUGACAAAACAGUCUCUGAAAGAGUUUUACCCAGGAUUAACAUGGACGAAUGCCUAACCACUGAAACCAUCCAACCCAGACUGAGUUGGUUUAAUAAGUUAAUUAUGUUGGCAGAACCUACAGGGUGUUUGAAGGAAAAGGAUGAAUAUUCCCUAUACGUGUUUUCUACAAAUAAUAGCUUUAGAAAAAGAUGCCAAUGGCUGGUGACUCAAAAAUGGUUCGACAACAUGGUAUUAUUAUUUAUCGCGUUGAAUUGUAUCACGUUGGCAAUGGAAAGACCGAACAUACCUCCAGACAGCUUGGAAAAGCUCGUUCUUAAAACUUGCAACUACAUCUUCACUGUGGUGUUUGCAACUGAAAUGUUUAUAAAGGUUGUUGCUACUGGCAUGUGUUACGGUCCUAACGCGUAUUUCACAUCUGGUUGGAACAUAAUGGACGGUUCCCUUGUGAUAAUCUCUAUUAUAGAUAUUGUUAUGUUUUUGAUAACUGACACUAGUUCUAGAAUAUUUGGUAUUUUAAGGGUAUUUCGGUUACUAAGAUCACUAAGGCCCUUAAGGGUGAUUAACAGAGCGCCUGGUCUAAAAUUGGUUGUACAAACAUUACUUUCUUCUCUCAGACCUAUAGGAAAUAUUGUACUUAUAUGCUGUACAUUCUUCAUAAUUUUUGGAAUCUUGGGAGUACAGCUUUUCAAAGGGACUUUCUAUAGAUGCGUGGGCGACAAUUUAACAGAUAUCAAUAAUAAGGACGAUUGUGAGGCACAUAGACAUUUAGGUUACACUUGGGAGAAUCAAAAAUAUAAUUUCGAUGACCUUGGUCAAGCCUUAAUGUCGCUUUUUGUGCUAAGCUCGAGGGAUGGAUGGGUUAAUAUCAUGUACCAUGGUUUAGAUGCUGUGGGCAUCGACCAACAACCUAUUGUCAACUACUCCGAAUGGAGACUUCUAUACUUCAUCGCUUUUAUACUCUUGGUGGGCUUCUUUGUACUAAACAUGUUUGUUGGAGUGGUCGUGGAAAAUUUCCAUAGAUGUCGCGAGGAACAAGAAAAGGAAGAACGGAUCAGAAGGGCUGCCAAAAGAGCCUUGCAAAUGGAAAAACGCAGAAGAAAAAUGAACGAGCCACCUUACUACGUCAACUACGGCUCCUGGAGACUCUUCAUCCACAAAAUAGUGACCUCGAAAUACUUUGACUUGGCCAUCGCCUUGGUGAUUGGCUUGAACGUGGUUACCAUGGCGACGGAAAGCUACAAAAUGGCGGAAGCGUUGGAGUACGCUCUGAAAAUAUUCAACUAUUUCUUCACGGCCGUUUUCAUAUUGGAAGGGAUCAUGAAAUUGGUUGCUCUGGGGGUUUUGCUAUACGUCAAGGAUAAGUGGAACGUUUUGGAUGUGUUUAUAGUUAUUUUGUCGGUGGUUGGGAUUGUUUUGGAAGAGUUGAAGUCGAAUAUCAUACCUAUAAACCCUACAGUGUUGAGAGUUAUGAGGGUUAUGCGGAUAGCGAGGGUUCUGAAGUUGCUCAAAAUGGCGAAAGGUAUAAGAGCCUUAUUGGACACGGUAAUGCAGGCUCUUCCACAAGUGGGCAACCUAGGUUUACUAUUUUUCCUACUCUUCUUUAUAUUCGCCGCUCUAGGAGUCGAACUAUUCGGACGACUGGACUGCAAAUUCACGCCUUGCCAAGGCUUGGGGGAACACGCCCAUUUCGAAAACUUCGGCAUGGCAUUCUUGACGCUGUUCAGGGUCGCGACAGGCGACAACUGGAACGGGAUCAUGAAAGACACGUUGUACGACGAAAAGUGCGAUCCGCGAAGCGACUGCGUCAAAAAUUGUUGCAUAUCUCCCAUAAUCGCGCCGAUAUUUUUCGUCAUUUUCGUGCUGAUGGCCCAGUUCGUGCUCGUCAAUGUUGUGGUUGCCGUUCUUAUGAAACACCUGGAAGAAUCCCACAAGCAUUUGGAAGACGAACAAGACAUGGACAUUCAGCUGGAAAGGGAGUUCGCGGAAAAACAGGAAAUGGAGGAGCGGAAUCAGCUGUGCUUGGCCUUACAGCUGGAUCAAGAGUGCCAAAUGAAACACAAACCACUAACCAAGGUUUUAUCUCUGCCAUCAAACUUCACGUACAAUCCUCCAGGCACCAAGGUGACUUUGGAGCCUCAACCUUCGCAAACUCGUCGUCAAACUCUGCACAGUCACCAACCAAUAAUGAUGUUGAUGAACUUGGACGACAUAAAAAACAUCGACGAAUCCACGUCCGAUAUUUACAGCAUACAAGAGGGGGUCGUCGCGGAUAAAAAUCAUAGGCAACAAACGAAUUUAGACGAAAUUGUUACGCAGAGUGAGGGGUUCUUGAAGAUACCCAAGGUGGAUGAAAAAGCUAACAAAAAAAUCAACGAAAAUACCGAUUUGAACAGGUUGUUUGUCCCCGUGGAGCAAAAACCUGUCAGCAAGUCGUACGGUAGCACCAAGCAUUUGUUUCAGAAACAAAAGUCCAUGGAUGUGACCGAAGAAACGCCGUUUUUAUUGGCAGUACCAACUUCGCAAGAUAAAAAAAUCCCAAAACACGACAGUCAAGAGUCCGUUCAACGUAUCAUAACUGAAAGGCGGAACUUGGAUGAUAACUUGAAAGAGAUGAAUAAGUUCGACAUAUUCGAUAUCAACAACAGCUCAGAAAAUUUAGUGGAUAAAGCCAAGAAUUGUUAA